AUGGCACUGGACCGAAGUGCCAGGCCAUUGGCGCAAUGUCUGAGAUGUACACGACACGAGAGAAUAGCAAUACUGAUACGAAGCUUCAGCACAUCGACGAACUUGCAAGAUGCUGAAACAGCUCAGGUCGAGAAACCCGCGCGGGUGCUAGAUCCGUUGACCGUCUCAACACCUCGUCUGGAACGUAAGAUGAUACGAGAACAAAAGCAGAUGCCUAUUGCAUCAAGGAGACGGAGGAGAGCCAUCGCAAGCAGCUCCAACAUUCCAUUCGAGCAACUGCCAUAUCAAUGCUUCCAAGAAGCCCGCGCUUUCUUGCAAGAAGAUCGUGCGGAAAAGCUGGAGAUGAUCAAGAAGUUUAGAGCCAGAAUAGAGAAUCUCAUGGACACUGUGCCAGUCACCCAGGCUGAUAUUGAACGAAAGGAAGCCAGACUUCGAGACAUGAGGAAGAGGUUGGAGGACACAAAGAUUCUCGCCGACAUCAACGACCCUCUGGUGAAGAAGAAGUUUGAGGACGGUUUUGGCGACAUGAGCAAACCAAUUUACCGACAUCUGGCUCAGAAGAAAUGGCGAAGCUACGAGCGAGAGCUCCUCAUGCAGCGCAUAACUCAAAUGAAUGUCAUCCCCGACGUAUUGGAUGAGAUUGAUCCGACCGUCUCAGUCGAACUAUCAUUCUCAUCCCCAGCAAAUCCACUCAAGAGUCGCAAGGUACACCACGGAGACCUGGUCGAUUCUCGCGUCAGUGAGCAUCCGCCAAAUCUCAACAUACAGCCAUUUGAGAAGGGCGAAAAGCUCGUCACCAUCGCCGUCGUAAACCCUGACGUUCCCAAUGUCGAGAAGGAUGCAUUCGAUUAUCGAUGUCAUUUCCUGGCAUGCAAUGUGCCUGUUUCUGCGACACGAACAUAUGUCGAGCUUGGAAAGCUGAGCGAAGAGAGUCAAAUCGUCAUACCCUGGCUCCCAGCAUAUUCGCAGUCUGGACUGCCAUACCAGAGGAUGGCUAUCUUCGUGCUGGAACAGCCACCUGCUUCAGCGGUAGCAUUCUCAAUGCGAAAGGACUUCAUCUUGAGAGACUUGAGGGACACCUUCGACCUGAAGCCGGUCGGGGUGGAUCUUUUCAGAACAGUAUGGGACGACGGCACAGCAGGUGUGAUGCAACGAGCUGGUAUUGUCGGAUGGGAUGUAGAAUUUAAGAGGAAACGUGUUGAGCCGCUGCCAUAUAAGAGACUGAAGGAGGAGAGGUUCAGAUAG